AGCUCAUGCUGCAGGGUUGAUUACUAAAUUCUAGGGCAAAGUGCACUAUUUUCUGAGCUGCUAUAUAAUGAGAAACUGAAUUAAAUGACAAGGAAAGCUUAAAGACAAUAUUUUGUGCAGGAAAAGGCGUACCUCAAUACAGGUUAAUAGUGCAGUCAUUUCGCUGAAGCAUGAAGCCAUUAAGAAGAUCUGGAGACGAUGGUUUCACAAAAGUGACAAGUACAGAGAGAGAGAAUACUACUCAAAAUGCAUCGGUUUGCCCUCAAGACCAAGACGCAUGUGCAAUAGAUAUUCUUGUGAAUCAGCGCAUGCACAGAUGGUAUUACUUGUGAGCGUGCUUUCUUCUGUGGGAGGCAUCUUGCUGUCAGGAAUUUUAGCACAUGCACAGAUCAUUGGAAAUGAUGAUGAAGUUGCAGGUUUCCUGUACACUGCCCCUUGGCCAUCACACACCCUUUUGCCUCCUGAUUGUUUGUCUGAGAGAUCAGCAGCAUGCACACAUCAUCAGAGAAUAGAUCUGGAACAGUCAAGGCCUGCUUGCUCUUCUAGGAAUCCCUGAAUUUGGGAAUAGAUUCAUUAGCAAAGACAAUCCAAGCACCAGACGGGAACACAAUACGUUGCGGUAUUUUACGCGCUGAUAUUUAUGGAAAUGUCUUCAGAGGCACCUACAGUCUACCUAAGUAAAACAGAUCCUUGCGAUGUGGUGGAUUCCCCUUUCAGAUACUCCCUCUUCACUGUGACCUACAGCAUCAUUUUUGUCUUCGGCUUUAUCGCCAACUGUUACGUCUUGUGGAUAUUUGGCCGCGUUUACCCUGCCAAGAAUCUCAGUGAAAUUAAAAUAUUUAUGAUCAAUUUGACAAUUGCAGACUUGCUGUUUUUAGUAACGCUUCCACUGUGGAUUGUUUAUUACCAUUAUGAAGGGGACUGGUUUAUGCCUUCCUUUCUUUGCAAUGUGGCUGGCUGUUUUUUUUUCCUCAACACAUAUUGUUCCGUGGCAUUUCUUGGAGUCAUAAGCUAUAACCGAUUCCAGGCUGUAACACGUCCGGUAGAAACUGCUCAGUCCACAGCAAGAAUCAGAGGCAUUUGCAUCUCAGUAGCUGUAUGGAUCCUUUUGUUUGCCAGCUCAUUAUAUUUUCUUAUUUUUCCUGGCACUAAUAUAGUGAACAUUGAUGGCAAAAAUUUCACCAGAUGCUUUGAAGGAUACAGUAUUGACAACAGAGAACCAGUGGCUGUUAUACACUUUAUACUGGUUGGGGCAUUUUUUGUGGUGUUUCUCAUCAUAUUAACCUGCAAUUUGGUGAUUGCCAGAACCUUACUUUACCAGCCAGUGAAGUCGAGGAAAAGUUCAGACAUGAAGCAUAGAGCUUUGUGGAUGGUGGUCACUGUACUUGCAGUCUUUGUCCUAUGCUUUGUGCCUCACCAUAUUGUAGAUGGCCCUUGGACUCUAACAGUAUUGAGAAUGUGGCAUGAAACAGAUUGUGAUUUCCGAAAAAUGCUAAAUAAUGUGCAUCAAAUAACACUGUGUCUUAUGAGCACCAACUGCAUGCUGGACCCAAUCAUCUAUUGUUUCCUCACAAAGAAGUUCAGGAAACAUCUCAGUGAGCGAAUCCAGAACAUUAAAAGCAGCCGUAAGUUGUCCAGAAAUACGACUGACACCAACGUAGAGACCAUAUUGCCAUUCAAAGAAAAGAUAGACAAUGUUACCAGUGUAUAAAUAUAUUCAACAGUAUUUUAAAUAAAAUCUGGGAAAACAAGUCAUAUACUUUGCUGAUGCUAACACAGUAAAGGAAGUAAUAGAGGAAACCUAUAGCCUUGCUGUGAGAAGAUCAUACAUAUAAUAAGUGACUGGAAGACUGGUUAAGUAAGGCUUGGUUUGUACUGUACAGAUUAUAUAAGGAUUUAAACAAAGAAACGCUUUAAGAAAAUAGGUGCGAUUAAACAGUCUGAGGAUAAAAAUCUACGGGCAUUAUAUUAAGCUUUGUUAAUAUUUGUAUUGUUUUACUUGAACUAUUUGAAACUCUGAUUAAUUAAAAGCUGGAGGUCAUACGAAAGCCUGAGUGUUAGUGUAACUUAAUAAACCUUCAUAAAAGCU